GGAUAGGUGACAGUGACAGUUCAGUGAGUCACCGGGUGCCCCACCUCGUGUUUUUAAGAAAUUUGUUGUUUGACCACUUGUUGCCCCAUAAAAAUGAUUUUUUAAUAAUAUUCCACUUAUAAUUUUUUAAACUUUAUUUACUUAAUAUAUGCCCCUUACGUAGAGCAGCAUACAAAGUAACUCAAGUCUGUAAACAAUGAGCAGCGAAAUCGAAGUACCAGAAACGCCCAAUUGGCUUAAAGAUUUAGAAGAAAAGCGUGAACGACGACUGAAGGCUCGAUUGGGGCACGAGGCGGGUGCCGGCGCCCCUUGCCUUAAGUGUGAAGACAAAUGUCCGGGGCUGGAUCUGCAUUUCUGGAGAAAGGCCUGUAAAAUUUGCAGGUGCCCAAAAGAGGAGCAUGACGUGCCAGACGAUGAUGUUUACGGGUGGGCUCAGUUUCAAUUAUUGGGCAGCAAACCCAGUAAAGUCAAAACUAAAAUUGUUUUGCCUGGCAAAAAGGACGAAGUGGAGCUUGAGUGGGCGCCCAAAGGUCAUAAAGAAACCAUCGAUAAAUAUUUGAAAACUUUACCGCCAGAAUCUUUACCGGUUAAAGGAUCACAGGCUGCACAAGAGAGGAAGCAACUUCUGCAGAAGCAGAUUCCCGUUCACGACAUCGAUCCGAGUCUGUGUCAUGAACUAAAUGAAGAAGAAGUCAAGAAAAUGGAAGAUUACAUAGACCAUGUUAAGAAGAGUUCUGUGGGCGUUGGUCAAAUCGUUAACUUAUCAAGCGUCAUCAAAGCGAACCUGCACAACAUUAGCCCUCAGGAAGCGCAUAUAAUCGCCAGCCGUUACUCGAAAGGAAUCCCAUUCAGUGAACUAGUAAAACUACAAGCAGGUUUAGCAAAGAAUCUGGAAAAUCUGACCCUUAACAGUCCAAAGAAAACCCCACUUAAAGAAAUGCAGCCAGUAAACCCAAUCCAACAAGAGACUUUACAAAACCCUUUGCAUGCGAGCAAAUUUAAAGACAUCACACAGCCAUGGUAUUCAAAUACUAGUCCUGGAAAAGGGACGACGAGCGCACAAUAUUCCGAAAAUGUCCAAAGGCAGCAAAAACCCGACUAUGCCAUCGAUAAAAAACUGUUGCAAGGCACCAACUUUGAUCCGUCAAAGACCCCAAGUCAAUUCUUAGGAUACCAUACGCCAGGAUACAGGCCCAAAGACCAAUAUGGAUUCGAAAAUCCGUAUUUCAAUCAACCGAAAUACGAAGAACAAAAUCCACAAGCGCCAAAAAGUGUUAAGGACUUGAUUUACAGCACCUAUGAUCCCGAUAAAGGACCAGUCCCACAAGAUGAAGGUUCUUCAAGGAGUUUUAAUCCUAAGGAUUCUGGAUAUAAUUCUAACUUAGUGCCAAACACUUAUAAACAUGAUCCUAGUGUCUUCCAGUCUAUGCCUAUGGAUCCUGCCAAAACAAUACCUCAAGGAAUCCCUAGGUUUGAUCCACUGACAGGAAAACUUAUUAAAGAAGAUCAUAGAUAUCCACAAAAAAUAUCUAGUGGGCCACACUUACCAAGAUUUGAUCCUGAAACCGGCAAAUAUAUCAAAGAAGAUCUUAAAUAUCCACAGAAUAUUGCUGGUGGUGCCAUAUUUGACCCUGUUACUGGCAAAUAUCUAGCAGAAAGGCUGAAGGGACCAGAAGGAGCUUUGUCUAGAGUUGAUCCUAUUACUGGAAAACUUAUUCCAGGUUAUCAGUCGGCACAAAUGCCCAGAUACGAUCCUAAAACAGGCAAAUAUAUUGAGGAAGAUGCUAGAUAUCCACAAAACAUUGCAGGUGGUGCCAUAUAUGAUCCUAUUACUGGCAAUUAUCUUGCAGAAACUCGGGAGGGACCAGGAGGAGCUUUAUCUAUGAUUGAUCCUGUUACCGGAAAACUUAGUUCAGGUUAUCAGUCAAUGCCAAGAUAUGAUCCUGAAACUGGGAAAUAUAUUGAGGGAGGUUCUUAUUAUCCAGGAAAUAUGGAAGGAGGAAAAGUAAUUGAUCCUGUUACAGGGCAACCAAUUCCAGGGCACCACGUUGGCCAAAUGCCAAGAUAUGAUCCUGAAACUGGGAAAUAUAUUGAAGGAGGUUCUAAUUAUCCAGGAAAUAUGAAAGGAGGAGGAGUGAUUGAUCCUGUUACAGGGCAACCAAUUCCAUGGCACCACGUUGGCCAAAUGUCAAGAUAUGACCCUGAAACCGGAAAAUAUAUUCAAGAAGAUCCCAGAUAUCCGAAAAAUAUACUUGGUAGGACAAUAUUUGACCCUGUCACUGGCAAAUAUUUACCAGACACAGGAGCAGGAGAAUAUGAUCCUAUUACUGGAAAACCUAUACCAGGGCAUCACUUUAAUCAGCUACCUAGAUUUGAUCCUGAAACUGGCAAAUAUAUUGAGGAUGAUCCAAGAUAUCAACAAAGAUUGGCUGAUUCUAGAGUAUUUGACCCAAUUACUGGAAAAUACUUAUCUGAUAACGAGAGAGGUGCGGAGUUGGAUCCGAUCACAGGAAAGCCACGAUUUGAUCCUGAAAGUGGUAAAUAUCUUGCAGAUCCCAAAUCACAAGAAGUUGCCAAACCUUACAAUCCUAAUACUAGUAAAUACAUCACGGAUGAUGUUCCAUUGUUUGAUCCAGUAACUGGCAAAUAUAUCCCAGAAGAUCAGAGACUCCCAAAUUCAGAUUCUAAAAAACCGAGUGUUUUAGAGAGCAUUAGACGUUUCGAAAAUGCCAUGUCACCGAAAGGUCUGAACAAACUCAGAAAACCGUUGUGCGACCUCCAACCGGGUCAGAUAAACGUCUCGGAAGACUAUUUGGAGCCUCAUAUGGUCAAUAUCGGCGCCAUACAAGACAUAAAUCCGGAAAUUCGAGCGGCUACGACCAAACUGAAUCCCGGUUUCGAAGACCAGAACGAAGACAACAAUGCCGAUUACAGUCCCGAUAGCAUUAGGGAGAUUUUAAAUAACAUUAAGCUACCCGACUGUCAUUACUGCAAAAAGCCUUUUGAAGAGAACGAAUUUGCCGUGACCAUUGACAGGGCGAACGUGCUGUUCCACGCACAAUGCUUCAAAUGCGCCGGUUGCAACCAGAGUUUGGCGGAUAACAUUUACUUUUAUUAUAAAGAUACCAACAACGUUUAUUGCGGCAGGGAUUAUGCCAAGAUAAUGGGUUAUCCGAGGUGUUCCGCUUGCGACGAGCUAAUUUUCACCAAAGAGUAUUGCCUCGCGGAGAACUCCACGUUCCACUUGAAGCAUUUUUGUUGCUUUCAGUGUGACACCCCAUUGGCGGGUCAAGAUUACACUUUGGAGGACGAAAAACCGUAUUGUUUACCUUGUUUCGAAACUUCCAAGGCGGCAAAAUGUAGCACAUGCGAAAACGUGAUUAAGCCCGAUGAGAUGGGGUGUCAGCUGAACGGGGUGCAUUUUCACGCGGAAGAUCGCUGCUUUAGGUGCAUAGUUUGCAGUGUACCUCUUAUGGGGAAAAAAAUGUUGCUGAGGAAUGAGAAGUUGUAUUGUUCCCAUGAGUGUUUCAAUACUGGGAAGAAGUGAUUUUUGCAGCUUAAGGAAAAUUCCUAUAUAUAAUUUAAUUAAUUGUGAUUUUGUGCCUAGUAUAUAUGACUCUAAAUUUAAAGCCAGUAAUAUAGCAUUUAUAUUUACCUAUAAAUAAGAAGUAAAAACUUUUUAAUUUUGAUACUAGUAGUGUUAUAGUAUAUAUAUAUAUAUAUAAAGUAAUGUCUACUUUUACCAUUUAACUAAAGUGCCAUUUUUAUAUUCGAUUUUAUAUUGCCAACAAGUAUUUUUAUACCAUUUAUAUCCUUUUAUAGCAUAAGAAUUUUCAUAUUUUUAUAUACCGUAUGUAUACUAUUUUAUAGCUUCAAAUAUAUGCAGUGCUAAAACAUA